GAGACGACCAAACAGGCGGAAGGCUGUUAACGAGCCGCGCGGUUGGGCAAUGAUUAUCGAAAGCACCGACAACGACAACGGCACGAUGACGACGACGACGAUGAGUUACUGACGCUCCUCUCCACCUUUUUCAAACAGUCGUGGAGAAACCCGCGGACCGAUGCUAUUGUGAGCGCGGAUUAUCUGUUUGACAAUCGCGCGGAACCGAUAACGCCAAAACCGACCGAACGAGUGAGUGAAUCAGUGCCGUUUCUUUUUAUUUCGAGCUACGAAAGAAGAAAAAUAGAAAAAAAAAGAUAAUAAUACUGCUGCCGAUCGACACGAUUCGAAAGAAUGCGGUGCUUAGCGAAACUCCGACGCACGUUCUAGAACAUGAUUCUUGAAAAACACUUGGUGCUGCUCAUUCACGCUCUUUAUUUUCUCUGCGCACGUUGCGACGAUGAUGCAUUCACGUCGCGAGAGACCACGAUCGUUACGUCGAUGGAGCUAAGUCACGAUCUUGGAUCUACGGAAAGUCUCAUGUGCUGUGAUUCUACGACCAUGUCGGGUCUCACGAGCCAAGAUCCUGGAUCUACAAGCAGUCUCGACGGUUCCACGAUCUACGAACAUUCAACUACAAUAAUGUACGAGUCAAGCACUGACAAUCAGGAUAAAUACUUAAAGACUGAUAUUCAGGCAGAUUCUAACACCGAUGAAACGUCAACUUCUUCGACCUCGUUCUUGUCAACUGUCGAUGAAACGUUCCUCCCCUCGACCUUACCGUUCUCGUCGACCGUCGCUGAAACGCCCUCUUCGACCUCGUCGUACUUGUCAACUGUCGAUGAAACGUUGUUGUCUUCGACCUCACCGUUCUCGUCGACCGUCACUAAAACGUUCUCUUCGACCUCGUCAUCCUCGUCAACCAUCGAUGAAACGUCAUCCUCUUCGACCGUCGAUUUUUCCACGCAGACUGCGAAGACCACCGAUGUACCCGACAAUGUGACUUCUUCGAGCACGGUGGAUCCUACUUGCGAUUCUUCGUGGCCAAUAAACGCAACAGAUUACAUGAGAGAAGUGGUUGACUUGAAGAGGGACGAAAUAGGCACUGAAUGGGUCGUUUUGUCGUGGGAUCCUCCGUGCAUAGUCACAACGAACGUCUCAAUAAAAUACUCGGUCGAAAGAUGCGACCACGAGCAGAACUGCAACCAGACGAUAGGAUACGAGACAUCGCACAAUGUAACCGAUCUCGAUGCAUGCACGCAAUACACGUUCGUUGUGAAAAUUAUCACGAAUUUUUGGACGUCCAAUGGAGUCAAGUUGCAAGCAGCGACAGACAAUGCCAUUCCCGAAAUCGGCGAGGUACGCUCCCUGAGCGUGGGCGCCUUCGACGUCAACACCGUCCAAUUAACUUGGCUGGCGCCCGAGAAACAUGCCAACUGCGUAUCGAAUUACUCGAUCCUGCAGUGCAUCGGGCAAUCAUGCAAUGCGACCACGGUCUCCGCCGUAAAUUACACCGCCAACAAUCUCGAGAUGUGUACGCAAUAUAACUUCACUGUUAAAACACUGACGCUAACCGUGGAAUCUGCCGGUGUGAAUACAAGCGCAACAACGGCUUCGCCGAUACCGUCGGAGCUACAGUCCAUGAUAAUAAUAUCAAGUAAUUUCUCCUUGGCUGUCCAAUGGGAACCGCCGCAGUCUGGCUUGACCUGUCUGAAGCAUUAUCGCGUGGUAGUGGCUCCUGUAAACAUUAGCUUCACUACUGUAGAAACGAACGUAACAAUCUCAAAUUUAUACGCUUGCGUCUCGUAUUCCGUGUCCGUCAACGCUGUAAACAAGGAUAAUCAAGAUGGACCCGUAACGUGCAAAACCAAAGAGACGAGUCAAACUAGGACAAAUCCGCCGACAUUGCACACAGGGGAUUUGGUCACCGUGGACAGUAUAUCGAUAAUCGUGAGUAUCCAGAGAGACAACAAUCGUUGUCUGCUCAACACCCUAGUAGCCACGUGCAAUUAUACAUCAACGAAUGGGACCGGGUUCGAGCUCAUGAACGGCGUAGCCACAGAGAAUAUAGACCCGAAGAGCGCUGAAGGCUCUUUCAUCUUUAUGAACAUGACGGUGAAGAAAUUGAGUCCUUUCACGGAGUAUAUUUGCAAAGCGUACGUCAUUAACAUGGGCGGACAGAGCGAUAACAGCAACGGAGUUACCGCUCAGACAAUGGAAGACGUGCCGUCACCGCCUUCGUUUCUCGUCAUGAACAUCACGGAAUCGCAGUUCUCUUUAACUUGGAACCGACCGGAAUAUUUAGCCGGUAACGUGGAAGAUUACGAGAUCGCGCUCGCUUGGAUGCCGCUCUUUCCGGUUCCAGCUUGGUGCACCCCAGAAGUACCCAACAGCGAUGAGAUUAUGAAACUUAACGAUACACAAUCUUACGAUUAUCACAAAGCGAAAGCUUACAGGCAAUACAAGAUAAGGAUGAGAGCAAAAACGGGCGCAGGAUGGGGAAGUUUUGGUGCUCUUCAAACGAUUCAAAGCAAUGCGGCAAUUUCAGAUGUAGUCUCGAAAUUCGAAUAUAAAAUCGAAGCGAAUCCGAAAGAUACAAACACAUUGGACACGAUUUUAACAUGGGGUAUACCGUGUUCUUUAAACGGUAAGCUCGAUGUUUUCAAUGUGUCGGUUCACGGAACCAGAGACGGAUACGAGAAUCAUACCUUCUCCAUAUUAGAGGAAUGCAUCGAUUACGUUGACAAUGAUUACAUAUGCUUGGUGAAUCUCAAGGAGCUGAAAGGAGAAUAUAAUUACACUUUCUCGGUGUACCCUAAAAUUUUGCAAGUCGACACACCUGGACCAAUGACGAGUCAGGCUGGUAUAUUAUAUCCUGCCGGCAUACCGCCGCUGCCGGAUGACGAAUACGUGAAGUGGAUCACAAUAGACCCCUUCAAGGCGAUUAAAUCCACAACGACGGCUACUGUUUUGUUGCCCUUGUUUUACGAUACAAACGGCAACAUCAAAUACUACGCCAUCAUGGUAUCGGAACUCGGAUACAACAAGCCGACGAGCACGAGGUUCAAUCUGAAGGAAAAGUCGUGGCCUAAUGUGUCCUCCUGGAAGGAAGCCAUGAUGAGCGACUUUUCAAUAACGUAUCAGGCGACGCGUCCAAAGUGGAAUCCUUAUCCGUCCAACAUCGCCGAUUACGGUCGCAUGAAAGCCGUCAAGUUUGUAAUCGGCGCCGACACCGUCUGCAAGGAUAUCUCGUCUAAUGAUGCUAACGCGCGAAGCCCGGUCUACUGCAAUGGACCGCUCAAGCCGGACACGUGGUACCACGUUAGAAUACGGGCAUUCACUGAGGGUGGUUAUGCCGAUUCUCAGAUAUUCGUGGUGAAGACCAACGCAGAACUGAAUGUCGCUAUCGUCAUCGGGGUCGUCUUCGGCAUCCUAUUUCUGGGAAUAUUGACAACGAUGAUGUUGCUCGUGCGAAAAUGCUCGCCGUACGUAGUGCUACGAAGAUUUUUACAUUCCGACAUGCCCGGCUCACCAGUACCAGCGCCGUUCACCAGAAAGAAAUUUAUAGCGCAUUGUCAACAAUUGGUCGACAAUCCCGGGAAACUCAGCAAUGAGUUUCGGCUGCUGCAGACUCUCAGCGUCGAUUUGCAGAUGCCGACGAACAGCGCCUGUUUGCAGGCUAAUCGAAAGAAGAAUCGCUACUCCGAUAUUUUGCCCUAUGAUUUCUCAAGAGUAAAACUGGAGGUGAUAGACAAUGAUCCUAAUACCGAUUACAUCAAUGCAUCAUUCAUAAGAGGGUACACAGGUGAAGACGAAUAUAUAGCUUGCCAAGGUCCGAAGGAAGAAACCACUUACGAUUUUUGGAGAAUGGUCGAUCAAUACAACAUUAAUAUUAUAGUUAUGUUGACCCAGUUGGUCGAGAAAGGCAAAGAGAAAUGUCACCAGUAUUAUCCAACGAUUAGGGAAACCUUUCGAUAUGAGAACAUGACGAUACGUUGUACGAGUGAAUUAGAUUUCAGAACAUAUACUCAAAGAACGCUUGUGCUACAAAAGGAAAAUAAAAAAAGAAGCAUCAUUCAAUUACACUUCAAAGACUGGCCCGAUCACGACGUUCCGGAAGAUUUCGACCCGAUGAUCAAUUUCUGCCAAAUAAUGCGUCGCAAUAUUAGCGCGAGUAAAGGUUUCGUCGUCGUUCAUUGCAGUGCAGGGAUUGGCAGGACAGGAACAUUAAUUGCGAUAGAUAUUCUUCUACAGCAUCUCAGAGAUAAUAGAAAAUUAGAUAUUUUCGGAACAGUGUAUAGAUUGCGACAUCAUAGAAUAAAUAUGGUGCAGAGAGAAAGCCAAUACGCUUAUAUAUAUAAUUGUAUCAAACAAGUACUCAAGAAUCCUUAUUUCUUAAAAACUUAUAAGCCUCCACCAGUUGAUCCGGUGUAUGAAAAUAUCUCAAAGAAAGCCAAAGACACAGCGAGUACAGAUCAAAAUCUAGUCAACAGUCUUGAAAUACUAAAAAGAUACAAUAGCUCCGUAUCUAUGGAGUCUCUGGAAACAAUCCACAAUUUUUUUCCUUGGUCAUAUGCAGAACAACAAAGAAGCGCGGUAAACAGUGGUUUAAGACAAUACAAAUCAAUGGAUGGCAUAGAUAAAAAGACUCGUCACAACAUUAUGCAGAAAGCUCGAACCUUGGAAAGUGUUAUUCAUAAAUCACUAAAUUUAAAGGAUUCAAUGAACAAAAAGUUAAAUAGUCAAAACUUAACACAAGAAAGUUAUCCUUUGAUAACUUGUUCAAACUCAGCUGAUGUAUUCGGCGACAGCUCACAAUAUGCAACAGACAACAUGUGAAAAAAAUAAUCGAGUUAUACAAUUCUCAUGUGUCAGAGACAUAGAUCAAGACAAUUUGUAAUUAUAUGUAAAUAUGAAGUCCUGUGACAAAAUCCAGGAACUCUUAGGAUAGGAAUCGAUACAUUCUGUUGUAAUACACAUACUUCUUUGUAUAAAUAAUCAUAAUUCUGCAUGAGCAUUCCCAUGUAUGAGCAUAUAUGACACUAGAUAAUCAGAUACAGAUGAUGUUAUUGUGUGAUAUUGAUAAGUAUAAUAUUUACAUCAGCGCUGUUACCUGACAUAUGCCUUAAAUAAUCUAGUCCAAUUAGAAUUGGAUAAGAUUUUAAAAAAAGAAAAAAAAAGGAAG